CUUCUGUUUUCUCCAGGCUGAAACCGGCUACUUGUUCGGCAGUUCCCCGUUCCACCUUAAAUGGUGGAGCAGGUACAUUCUGCUGCGCUGUUGUACCUGCUGCGCCAUUUAAGGUGGAACGGGAAAAGUAGCCUUAAGGAACCUCGCUCGUUACCUCACGUUUGGGCAAACGCACAGAACCCACCCUGGAGGCUAAACGGUACGUGUGUGCACGACGAGACAAAAGCCUCCUGGAGAGCAGGUUCAUAAACGCGGUUAAAGGUAGAGCCACCCACAGCUCACAGUUCACCACAGCGUGCUGGCUUUACCGCGCGCUCCUGGCCUAAACGGGGUUCUGUUGCAGGUUAUGGUGUGUUUGCCACAGCUGUGAUCCCUGAGGGCAGUUUUAUAGUGGAGUACAGAGGGGUCCUGCGAGAGGCUGGACAGUGCACUCCUGACCCUUAUGCCUACUACUUCAUCCACAACAACACUCGCUACUGUAUUGACGCUUCUGUGGAUGACGGAUCUCUGGGACGGCUUGUUAAUGACGACAGUAAUCCUAAUUCAAGGAUGAAGAUCAUCUCUGUCAGUCAAGUCCCGCAUCUUUGUUUGUUUGCACUCUGCGACAUCCAGCCAGGGGAGGAGAUCACUUACGACUACGGGGGCUAUGAUCUUCCAUGGCGCAGAGGCACAUGGCUGUGUACGGGGAGCAUAACUAAAUCUGAGGAUGACAAAGAGGGAGAGAUCCUAUUGUGUGACGAGCUGCUGUCAGCUCCGGAAACUGUGGAACAGAUGGUUUGUGACCAGCAGCAGGAAGCAUGUAGAGAAGUGGAGACGUCUGGAAUAACACAGCAAAGAGCUUGUGAAGAGGAGGAGCCAUCUCAAACCCAGAAAACUGAACAAGAAGAGCAGAGGAUAUGUGAGAAUGAUUUGCACCAGAUGCAGUUAAGCCUGAAGAACGAUAAUAAUGAAGAAGUAAUAUCCAGGAAUGAAGAGCCAUCUGAACCUCAGCCAACAAUUCAGGUCACUCAUGAGGAGCAGAUGGAGUAUGAAGAACAGGCUGUCUACAGUCAGUCUGCAGAACAGAAGAAGGAGGCUUUUGAAGAGCAACAGACUUGUAUGGAAGUUGAGCCAUGUGUGAAAGAACAGUCUCAUACAGAGUCCACUGAACAGACCUGUGAGAAUCAGCUGGGAAGUAAUGAUGACUUCCCUCCUGUGAAAGAAGAGUUGGUUUGUGAAGGGGAGCAGCAGACAUGUGAUAAAGAUUCAUCUCAGACUCAGCCUGCUGUACAGAUGGCUUGUGAAGGCGAGCAACAGACUUGUGAGAAAGACUCAUCUCAACCUGCAGAACAGUCUUCUCAGAAUGACCAGAGCUCAAACCCAGAUGUGGAUGACAAAGAAAAGGUGUCAUCAGAUGAAGAAUUCAUACCUGACUCCGACACAGAUUCAGAUGCGAACUCCGAUGGAGAGAAACCAGCAAUAAUGCCACAUCAGAAUCAUUUAGUCGCACAGGCCACCAAGCAGAACUUCUGUUUUGUGUGUGGAAAGGCUUACAACAAAAUAGCGAGGCAUUUGAAAGUUCACAAACAAGAAAAUUUUGAAAUUGCAAGUGCUUUUAAACUACGGAAGUCCUCAAAAGAAAGGAAACGCAUCCUAGAAGUACUAAGGAACAGAGGAAAUUACCAACACAACAACAUGGUUCUUAGCAGACGUACAGGAUUGAUCAAGGCUAUACGAACACCAAAAGACAACAUUGAUACACAAAAGUUUGAAUACUGCAUGUACUGCAAAGGGCUGUUUAUGCGUAAAGAACUUUGGCGACACAUUCGACGCUGCACAUCCAAUCCUGACAGAGAUACGCCAAAAGGUACAAAGACCAAAGUCUUGGGUUUAGCGGCUAUGGCACAAUGCCCGCACCUGCAGCAUCUUUCAGAGGAUGUGAAGAAGGUGCUUUGUGGAAUGCAUCAAGAUGAAGUAGCACAAGUUGUCAGAAAUGACGAGUAUGUACUGAGAUUGGCACAAGAUUUUUUUGACAAAAACAGCAAAGCCAAAGAAAGACAUGUGUCUGUUAGAGACACUGUUCGAUGUAUUGGGAGGUUUUUGAUUGUAUUGCAGAAAAAAUCUCCCAUAAGGAACUUGGCUGAAGCUAUAAAACCAUUAAACUUUCCGAAAGUUAUUGAAGCCGUCAAAGAAAUUGCUGAAUUUAAUGAAGAAACAAACUGCUUUGCGUUGCCAGGCCUUGCACGCCGAAUUGGACUGAUAUUGAGAAAAUAUUGCAUCAUAACUGCAGAGAAAGCAUUUAAAGUUCAUGACAGAAGAUUAAUAGACUUGACUACUGCAUUUUUCAAGCUUUUUAAUGAUGCACGGCCUCAGUUUGCUUUAGGCAACAGAAAAUGUGUGACUCUAGUUUUUGGCAACCCUCCUUUACUGCCUUUUGUCCAGGACGUCAGAGUGCUUCACUGCUAUCUGGAAAAGACCUCACAACAUGCACUAAAGGAACUAAUAGAGAAGCCAACUGCUCAGAGUUAUGCAGACCUUUCCAAAGUGACACUGGCACAAAUCCUGAUGUUCAAUCGCAGACAUGGAGAAGCCUCACAAAUGACCAUCAAAGCUUUCCAGGAACGAGACAAAGUGCAGGUCCCUGAAGAUGCACUUACAGAAUUUGAAAAAGAGUUUUUUAAACAUUACUGCAGAAUUGAGGUCAAGCAGAUCGUGGAAGGCCAAGUAGCGAUCAUUUUAACGCCAGAAAUGAUCAGUGCAUUGGCGCUCUUGAUUGAGAAAAGAGAGCAAUGUGGUGUCUGCGAUAGUAACAUCUUUGUUUUCGGCCAACCCAAAGGCAGCAGGUACAGCUACAGGGGAGAAAAUGCUCUGAGAAUCUGCACCAAAGAAAGCGGUGCAGUAAAUCCAGAGCAGCUCAGGUCCACUUCAUUCAGCAGACACAUAGCUACACUCACCCAAGUCCUCAGUCUGAAGAACCAAGAGCUUGAGAAGCUGGCAAAGUUCAUUGGCCAUGAUAUAAGUGUCCGAAAGGAGUACUACCGACUGCCUGAGGCCACAGCACGUUUGACCAAACUCUGCAAGCUCAUUUUGGCCAUAGAGAAGGGAACUGCUGCUGAGCUGCUUAGAGAGUCUCUGGAUGACAUCACACUACCAGAUGAGAUCUAUGAGAGUGACAGUGAAGAUGAUUUUGAGAAAGAGUGUGAGAUUUUUGAACAAGGCAGGGCCAGACUGCGGACUGCAGCACAGAAUAUAUCUAAGAAAUUGAACGCUAGAUCUGCUAAGACAUCAGAGACAACGUGCACUGGGUCUACUGAACCCUGUGAGGAAGGGGACACUGAUUCUGCAAAUAAAGAAGCUGUUGAAGCAGAGAGUCCUGUUCAGGUGGAAAAGACGUUGGGUGAGCCCAGGAGGCAGUGCAUAAAAAAGCCAUGGACAAUAGCAGAGAGAGCUGCAGUUAUGAAGCACUUUAAAAAUCACAUUUACCUUGGAAAACUGGCUUCAGUGCCAGAAUGUCAACGCUGCCUAGUGCUGGAGCAACCUGUGCUGAGUCGUAGAACUACACGGAACAUCAAAGACUUUGUAAGAAAUGCAGGGAAAAGUUUAAUGAAAGCAAAGGUAGCUGAGGCUUAUUCAGACAAGCCUGUUGUACUGACACCUCAAAUAGCAAAUCCAAGCGGUUCAAAUGUUUAGUAAACCCAUCGAUAUCUGCUGGACUUUCACCUUAAAUAGUGCUUCCAACCAGGCCUGGGGUAUAGUAAACCCACCAAUCUCUAUUCUCCUUCAAACUCUAACGGCAAACUGAAUAUAUUCUAACCCUCAAACAGCAAACCUCAGCAUAGGGCCAUGUCCAGCACCUUACCAACACACUACCUCCAACAAACCCAACCACUUGAAGUUCACUACUUUUCAAGCAGAAAAUCCAGUGAGCACAAUUCUACUUUUACCUCGAAACCAACCGGAACCACUUCUAUCUCACAACCACAUCUAAGAGCAACCUCAAACAGCUCUAGUUUACCUUCAAAAGCAUUAAAUAUAAUUUAUGUUCCCCAUAAAGAGGCAAACCAAAGUUACUAAUUACACAAGCAGCAAUUUCGCAAGUAUUAAACCCCACACAUUCUACCAUAGUACUUCCUCAGGCAGAGAACCCAAGUGCACCACUACUUAAAGCAGGAAACCCAAACAACACUAGCUCACUAAUCCCACAAGCAGCAAAGCUAACCAGCUCCAGUCAGCUAGAGUCAAGAGUCAAGGCAAACUAAACCAGUCACUAACGUCUCAACAAGCAUCUGUUUUAACCUAGCAAUGCAGCAAACACGUGUACACAAUCCUCCCAAAGAGUAGUUCUGAACGUGUUAUUUAGCAGAGUUCUUUUGUUAGAAAGGUGAUCCAUAGG